AUGGCAGACAUGCUAGUAGAUGGAGCCGCUCAUAACCAGAUGCUAUCUUUCAUGGACGGCAACGCAGGAAAAAUCCAACCUUUUUCUUCCCUGUUAAGGCUGAAGCAGGAACAGACAUUCAAAUGGGAAGAACAACACCAACAGGCUUUCCAAGAAAUAAAGCAUUACCUUUCGAAUCCGCCAGUUCUGUCCCCACCAAAAAGGGGCAGACCCCUCAAACUUUAUGUAUCUGCAUCAGAGGUAUCUAUUGGAAGUCUGCUAGUUCAAGAUAACAAAGAAGGGAAAGAACAGGCAGUCUACUAUCUAAGCAGAACAUUGACAGAAGUGGAGAGAAGGGCCGAGUAUGAAGCUUUGAUUAUAGGGCUCGAGAUGUUGGUAGAACUAGGAAUCCAAUCCGUGGAGAUCUUGGGAGAUUCCAUGCUUGUCCUAAAACAGAUUGCUGGAGAGUACAAGUGUCUAAACCCUUCUCUAGCUGUAUAUCUGCUAGCAGCUAGAAAUCUGCUAACAGAAUUUAGAGAAGCUACUUGGGAGCACAUCCCAAGAGAAGAAAACUUUGCAGCCAAUGAACUGGCUCAGGUAGCAUCAGGUAUACAAAUGCCCGAAGACUGUGUCCAAAGGAUCAUCAAGAUAGGAAGGAAAAGUCUACCAUCUGUUCUGACCAGAGGAAUGGAGAUAGAAGUCAAUUCUGCCUUGAUCACGGAAGAUGAUUGGAGGGAGCCUAUCAUGACUUACUUACGAUAUCCCACUCUGCCCUCUAAAAAAAGAGUCAGAAUCAUGGCUACAAACUAUCUCAUGUGGAAUGAAGAUUUGGUCCGGAAAAGUAAGGAUGAGGUACUGUUAAGGUGCCUCGGAAAGACAAAAUACAUGAAAGUCAUGGGAGAAACCCAUGAGGGGAUCUGUGGAGCUCACCAAGGGGGAAGAAAGAUGUGCUGGUUAAUCAGAAGGUAUGGCUAUUUCUGGCCAACCAUGAUGAAGGAUUGCAUCAACUAUUCCAAAGGAUGUGAAGCCUGUCAAAGGCACGGCCCAAUCCAGCAGGUUCCUUCGGUUCCCAUGAAUCCUGUAGUAAAACCAUGGCCUCUCAGGGGAUGGGCAAUGGAUCUCAUUGGCAAAAUCUAUCCAGCCAGCAGCCAGCAGCAUUGUUUUAUCAUUGUUGCUACAGACUAUUUCACCAAAUGGGUAGAAGCCAAGCCAAUCAAAACCACAACUUCUCAAGAGAUCAUCACCUUUAUAGAAGAACAGAUCAUACAGAGAUUCGGCAUUCCAGAAUCGAUCACAACUGAUAGGGGUUCUUCUUUCAUAUCUAGGGAGAUGCUAGAUAUGGCAGAAACAUUCAAAAAGAUGCUGGAGAAGAAUCCGAAGCAAUGGCAUGAGAAAUUGUCAGAAACUUUGUGGGCAUACAGAACUUCAAAAAGAGAAGCAACUGGCAUGACUCCCUAUGCUCUGACCUACGGUCAUGAUGCAAUUCUGCCCAUGGAAAUAGCAGUCCAGUCUCUUAGAAUUGCUCACCAGCACGAUCUCACAGGAGAAGAUUACUCUCAAGCCAUGCUACUUGAAUUAGAAGAAUUGGAUGCAAGCAGGAUUGACACCCUCAACAAACUCUUAGCAGGAAAACAGGCUGUGUUGCAGGACCGAGAUGGAGUUGUUCAUUUUGCCCCAAUCAAUGGUAAAUGGUUAAAGAAGUUCUAUCCAACCAUGUGGGAUUCACAGGCUGUACAAACGGAUCCUGGGAUAGAAGAGGAACAAGAUUGA